AUGAAGUUCGCCGCCGUCAUCGUCCUUUCCUGCCUGCUCGCCAGCGUCCUGGCUGCUCCUCCAGCCUCCGAUGCCCAGGUGCUGCGCUUCGACAGCGACGUCCAGCCCGAGGGCUACAAGUUUGCCGUGGAGACCAGCGACGGCAAGUCGCACCAGGAGGAGGGCCAGCUGAAGGACGUGGGCACUGACCACGAGGCCAUCGUGGUGCGCGGCUCUUACACCUAUGUCGGUGACGAUGGCCAGACCUACACCAUCAACUACCUGGCCGAUGAGAACGGUUUCCAGCCGGAGGGCGCCCAUCUGCCCAGGGCCGUCCAAUAA